AUGAGCCUAUUUGCCUACCUUUCCCCCUCACGCGGGGUUAAUGCAGAGGAGCGUCUUGCCAAGGGAUCGCUUGCCCCUGACUGCCCGGUGCUGGGCUUGGCUAGCCGAAGAGGGCUGCUGCCCCGCGCCCGGCGGCCCGGUGUGGGAGGGGCCGCCGGGGAGAGAUGUGGGGCCCGGGAGGCGCCAGAGGAGCGGGGGCUUCGCCCGCCUCCAGCCCCGCCUCCAGCCUCCCCCUCCACGUGCUCGGACCGCCUCCUUUGUUUACCCGACGGGCUGCUCCGGCCUGACCUUGGCCCUCCCUUCGCAGCCGGAGAGGCGGGCUUCAGCGUCGAGAAAGGAGCCCGCGGCUGGACUCGGCGCGGAUUCGCUUGCUCUGCGGCGGUGCAGCGGGUCGGGGGCUGCAUGCCCCCGUGGCGCGGCGCCAGGAUGGCCCAGGCAGCCCCUCCGAGCCAGCAGUAUUUCCGGUCCGAUAGCAGCGACUCCGCCGCCCGCAUGCUGGGCGCCCCCGACGCCGCGGACAAGAGGCGCCGUCGGAAGAAGUGCUGCAGGCCGGCGUGGCUGGCCGUGGCCGCCAUGGGCAUUCUGGCCCUGCAGAUCGCCUCCACCACCGGCCUCUUCGUCUACUUCACCAUGUCCAUCGCCAAGCUCAAAGCUCAAGCGCAGGGGAGCUCCGAGGAGUUGAGGUGCCUCCUGCUCCUCAAUGGGCUGCAGGAACUCUCGGAUCUGGAGGAACUGAUUGGCAGCCAGGCAUGCCUCAAGCUGGCUGGCAACAUCAAGGACUAUGUGACAAUGGUGACUGAGAACGUUAUCCGUAAGAGUGCUCAGAGUGCAGACUCCUUGUCUAAGCACAUAAACUCCUCAGGUGGGCAGCUAGAGAGCAGCCGGUCGGGCAGCAGACCCACAGCACACCUCACCCUCAGAAGACAGAGCCCAGCGCAGGCAGGAGGAAGCCUGGGCCUGUUUGGGGAGCUGCCGCAGUCAUGCCAGCACCCUAUCCCCUACUGGGCCAACCGGACCAUGCACUCGCACCUCCAGAACCUCACCUACCAGGAUGGCAAGCUGCACAUCAGCCAGGCUGGCAAGUACUACAUCUAUGCCCAGAUCUACUUCCGCUACCCCACCGAGGGAACCCCUUCUCACACCUUGGGCCACCAGCUGGUGCAGUGCAUCAACCUCCAGAGCUCUUAUGGGCAGAACCUCCUGCUGUUGAAGGGCGUGGGCACCAAGUGCUGGGCCCAGGAUGCCACCUACGGGCUCUAUGCCCUUUACCAAGGCGGCCUCUUUGACCUCAGAGCCGGUGACAAACUCUUUGUCUCCGUUUCCUCACUGGACGUCAGCUACAAUGAUGAGGCUGCAAGCUAUUUUGGAGCCUUCCGCCUUGAUGUGUGAAGUGCAAGGAACACUUUGCAGAAGUGCCUCUCACUAGGAGGCCCCAGAGACACCCCACUGUUACCCUUAACCAUAGAUGUGACUGUCUGGGCACCUGAGCCAGAUGUGCCUGCUUAGAACCAGUAGAUGCCCAUCAGUCCUUGAAAAGCAGGCCCCGCGAGCGUGCUGUUGCCACACAGGUUGCUAGAGCCAGCACCCCGGUGUUUUCUCCUUUGUUCUUGGUAGAGAUGAAAGUAUCUCUCAAAGGCAAGAGCCAGGAAUUAGGGCCUUUGGGGGACUAGAGAUCUGUGGCCCCUCCUGGUGUGACAGACUCUCCGAAGUGCAAAACAACAUCUUGCCAUCUGUGGAUGCAGCAGAGCUUGCAGAGAACGGCUGUCGCUGUGGUUGUAUCUUCUGUCACAUCUCAAGAAGGGACAAGACAGCCAAUGUAGGCUAGCAGACAGGAGACCCUCCACCAAGAAGAUAAAGCAGGUAAUCUAAGAGGGGCCCAAGGACCAAGAAGGAGGAAUAUGAGCCAGUCCCUUGUCAGUGUUGAAGGCAAGCUGGCAGGCAUCCAUGUAGGCUGGUGAGUUGGUGAGGAUGCAUAGCCCUCGCCUGUGUUUUACCCACCUGUGGCUCCCCUUCUGCUAACCUGCCAAUUCUACCACUGAAUUCAUACUCCAAUUGCAUUAGAAAAUCAUGUCAAUUACAUCACUGGCUCUUUGCCCACUUUGGGAUUGCUCAUACAUGUGCCUUGCUCUGUGCUAGCAACUCAGCUGGCAUUUGAAUGAAGCCUAAGCUGUUCCAACUGCUUCAGUGAAGGCAAAACAUUCACAGCGAAUUGGAAGGAAUGUAGGUCAGUUGGUCACCCCUUUGCAUAGCCCGUAGCCACCUGACAGCACACAGCACACCUGCGAGGUGCUUGGCCACUCCCUCUCUCUGUGGCACACAGGCCCAGCUACCUGUAAACAAACCCUCCCAUCACACGCAGGGUGCGACACUGACUAGGCUCUUGAGUUUGCACGUCAGGUUUUCCAGUAAUCUAGGUUGAAGUUGCCAUGGCUGGCUACAGCACUGCCUUCCACAGCUGGCUUUGAAAAGGCAAAAUGGUCAAACAUUGGGGGAAGGCUGUUGCCCUUAAAACCUGGAGUGAUGGCUGGGUUUGUCUUCCAAGGUGGUGGGAGCUUCCCAUUAUCAGCCAAAAGGUUGGAGCAGGGACGAUGUUGGACUAAAGCGUCCAUCUUCCCUGACCACUUGCCGUGCCCUCUGCUGGGAGUCUAACAUCUGCAGAGCUAGAGAUGCUCCCCACCCCUGGAUGAGAGACUUCUUUUCAUUUUAAAUAUGGACACUACAUUUUAAUUUGUGAUUUUUAUGGGGAAAGAUUCAGAGUCCUGAAAAAGUGCUAGCACAAGGCAGCCUAGCUGGGCACAACAAGGAUGAGGAAGCUUUGAAGGAAUGUGAAAAAUGCCAAGCAACAUUUCCUCCUUCGUGGUUGUUGGUCUCUAGGCAGCCAGUCAUGUUGCAAGGGGGGAAAAAUAAGAGAAGACAACACCCAUUACCCUACAGUUUCAUGUUUUUCAGAGGGAGAUACUGCCCGAGAGAACUAGUUCUGACCAAUAACACCCUGCAACUCAGGGGUUAUGCAUCCUUGAUUCAACGCAGGGGGAGCUGCCAGCAGGGAACAAGCUGCUUGGUGUUAAGAGGAACAGGGCACCCUCCUGCUCUUUCCACCCCAGCAGCCCUUCUGCCAGCCAUCAGGGCCUGCUCUGCGUAAGAAGCUGCCAUAGAACAAUUCUCCAACUGUCGCUGACAGUGAUUGGCAGCAGCAGCAGCUCCUAAGCAAAGAGGGACCACUGCCCCAUCACCAGCUGCCCAACCCUUUUUGCUGGGGAUUGAAGCUGGGACCUUUGCAUGCAAAGCAUGGGCUCCACCAGGGCGCAGAGGUCCAUUUCCCAUAGGCCUCCCAUGGAGGAGUGGUAGCUUAGCGGUAGAACAUGGCCUCUGUGUGCAGAAGGUCCGAGGUUUCACCCCCUGGCCUUGUCAGGUAGGGCUGGGAAAGACCCCCAUCCGAAACCCUGCAGUCCUGGGCUAGAUGGACCAGCAGUCUGAUUUGUCAUAAGUCACCUUCCUACGUUCCAGUCCCUGCUCCCUCUGCUGAAGGGAGGGAGAAAGUCCCAACCUCUGUUGGGCUGCGAUACCUUCCCUGAGACUACAGGGGUUGUGGGGAGCAGGCAGGGGCAAAACCACCUAUGGCUUUUCUGUCCUGCCUGAUUGGACUCCACAGUCUGAUCCAGCAGGCAGGAACCCUAGCAAAGGAGCAGAAAUUCAGACCAGGAUGCAGGGCAGGCCUCUGGGGGCUGGUGGACAUGUGGAAUUUGCCCUGGAUUGCCAACCAUCCACUGUUGCUGCUGUUCAGAAAUCAGGCAGGUGAAGCUUUCCCCACAACUUCUCCAAGAGCUGUUUUGUUGCUCAACUUCAGUGCAGUAGGCUGCUGUCAAAAGCAGAGGAGGAUCACGAAAAGGUGGUAGCAGCCCUGAUUUCCCCUGGGCUGUUGCAUCCACAAGCACAGCAGGGAAACUCGUCCUAAAGUCAGUUUGCAUCAAAACAAAUGUGAACUCUCAGCUCUGGGCAGCCAUUUCAGUUCAGCCACUGUAUUCUCCCCAGUGUUAGAUCUGCCUGGCUCCAGAGGUGACAGAGAAACCCUGCUAGGUAGAUGUCCUGCACUCCAGUCUCAGUCCCAGAUUUUGGCCUUGUAGAUCUAGAUCAAAGGACCUGUCCCUACAAAAAACAAGCUAUUCAUUGCAGGAGCUUGAUGUUCAAACUUCCCUUAAAAAUCAAGGACAAACUUUCCGCUUCCCUGGCCAGCUUGCUCUUGGGCUGAGCUGCAGCUGAGUUCUCCCUAAGCAACUUCAACCUGAGGCUGCUCCUGCUGCAGAUGCAGCCCAAUCUCUUCCUUGCAUCUUGCUGAGGACAGCAGAUCAAAGCCAACAGAGCCACAGGGCUCUGUACCUAACAGGCUUGCCUUCCCUGCACUUAGUUGCUCUUGGCCAUGAGUUUGGGUUUCUGCCUUCUCCCCAGAAACUCUGCCAGCUGGAGAAAAUCAUCAUCUCAACAGACAGCAGCAGCCAGGCUGUGAACUAGGGAAAGGGCAAUCCAAAGGACACCACAGUGAUGGGACUAGAGGUGUGAGCCAUGCAGUCAGAGUUAAGCCACCCAGACAGUCCAGUGGGGCUCCAAGAACAGACAGGCAAACAAAAACGGUCUUGAUUCUCUUGACUGACACAAACAAAGCUUGCAGGUGACACCAACAUUACUCAGGAUAGCAAGCUCUAAUGUGAUCUGUGAGAAGCUUCCCAAGAGAUCAAUUGCCUAUGCCAAUCCAGGGAAAGCACAAGAAAAAGCAAAGCAAAGCAAAUGAAAAGGGAAAAGCAAGGGUCUUUGAAACCAGACAAUUUUAAGGCAGGAAUAUUGGGAAGCUCAACAAAGACUGCAUGUAAGCUGAGCCAGUCCACCGGGGGGGGGGGGGGAGUAUCUACUUUAGAGAAAGUGAGAGGGAGAAAUGAAACUGCUUGCAGGAAUAUUAACUUCUGUUCUUUGGGGCCCAUGUAAGCAGGCAAGCCCCCAAGGACAAUUAAUUGCAUUCACAAAGAACAACUCAGUCUAAUUUGCAGCAGAGUUCAAAAUAAACCCAGAACAGGUUUCACAUUAAUCAAGCACCAAACACAAGACAAGAUUGUAUUACGUGGAAGACUGAUUAACGGGGGAGGUUUUGGGUCUCGGUCAACAUUCUUAAUUUUUAAAAACUUUCUGAGUAGCCAAGACUCAUGACUGAGCCAGGCAAGGCAAUCGCUGACCUGGUUCAUCACUUCUUACCCAGAGAGCUUUAGGAAGGGCUCCACCAAGUGUGCUGAAAAAUGAUUACAUUAAAAUAAAGCAACAGGUUUAUCCAGUUAUAACAUUUCUUUUACUCCUUCAUGGAAUUUCUCUUUCAAUGCAACUUCAAAAUUAUAUAAUAAAAGUUUUUUCUUCUAAAGAGAAGAUUAAUUUCCACAGAUUAUAUAGUGCAAUUGGUUAUCUUGUAGAAAAAAAUAAAACAUGAUUAUCAUUAGCUCCAUACAGGCAAACUCUGAAGACAGCUCCAGGUUCUUCUCAGUAAAAAGAGAAGCAAAAUUUUGGGAGUCCAUUCUAUGAGUUCAUCCGGGGCGGGGGAUGCUAUACCCAACGCCCAUUCCUGUGUUCAAUUGAACAAUAUGGAGUCUGGAUCCUGGUUCGCCAUUUGUGCAAUGUGCUUUAAUACAUCCUUUUUAGUAAUGAUUCCCAGUAGCUUCCUGAAAGAGAGAGCAUCGAUGAAAGACUUCAAAACAAGAGACCUUUUUCCUCUCAUCUUCUCAUGGGUGACUGCAGCAGGGUAACUAAUAUGACCUCCAGAAUUCAGUCUUUCCUGACUAUUAACUAGACCCUAUCAACAGCCAGUUUCUGACUGUCCACUUGGAAAAAAUCUGAAUACAGAAUAACUUGGUUUACAAUAAGCACAUCUAGGUUGCGAAAGAUCAAAUCCGUUCCAGAACACUGAAAGACUGACGCAGGGAGUCCCCCAAAUGACCCACACAAACAGAUGUUUUGCAAGGGGAGCUCCCAGGGCAACUUGGGCAGGAGCUGAAGAGGUUCAGAAACGGGAAAUGUACAUGGAAGCUCAAGCCACAAAUACAUUAAAAGGCCUCUUAUGGAAGUAGCAUAAAAAAAUGAACAGGGAGUUCAUAGUCAUUCUUAUCACCAGCUUUUUGUUUUGUAUUAUUGUGUUAUAUGUGCCAUCUGUAUAUACAAUAUAUUUCAUUAUUGUCA